CGCCAAGCUCCGCAGGAAUACGUUAUGUCUGGAUAAAAAUAGUCACCAAUCCACAUACUUAAUACAUUCACUUCCUCUUCAAACUAAACAAAACAUGUCAGAAUUUAAGUUUGAUAGAGCGAGCUCAGCAAGUUCCGAGGGCGAUAGUGGAAGUGGUGAGGACCAUGGAGAUGGGGAACCCCUGGAAAUCAAGUCGCCAAAGCCAUCUUCAAAGUUCCCACAAAGUCCUUCAAAACUGACAGCAGCUAAGAAGAAGGGUCGGGCGGCAGUUGCUGCUGGAGGGGCACAGAAAACUCAGACCAGAGUUCACCAGUCGGGAAUACGAGUGUUGUACACAGCAGGCCGCCCACCAUGGUACAACACACAUGGAGAGCUGAAGGAAGCCUUUGUUAUAGGACUGUGUGGAGGAAGUGCCUCUGGCAAGACAACAGUGGCUAAGAGAAUCAUUGAGGCCCUUGAUGUUCCCUGGGUCUCCCUGCUCAGUAUGGACUCAUUCUACAAGGUGUUAGGGGAGAAAGAACACGAAGCUGCUAACCGAAAUGAGUACAAUUUUGACCACCCUGAUGCCUUUGACUUUGAGCUGCUGGCCAAGACACUGAGACGAUUGAAAUUUGGCAAGAAAGUGGAUGUACCAGUCUAUAAUUUCGUUUCUCACAGUCGAGAAAGUCAAUGUAAAACUAUUUAUGGGGCCAAUGUUGUGAUAUUUGAAGGCAUUAUGACAUUUGUGAACAAAGAUCUGUUGCAGUUAAUGGACAUGAAAAUAUUUGUGGACACCGACAGUGAUAUACGAUUAGCAAGAAGAAUGAAACGUGACAUCACUGAGCGUGGUCGUGAACUGGAAGGGGUGCUUAAACAAUACAACACAUUCGUAAAGCCUGCUAUGGAACACUACAUCGCACCAACCAUGAGUUGUGCAGACAUUAUCGUGCCUCGAGGGGGGGAAAAUACUGUGGCUAUAGAUCUGAUUGUACAACAUGUGCACUCACAGCUCAAGAAGCGUGGGUUCUGUCUACGCCAGAGUCUGGCAAACUCCGGGAACAAUGGCCACUCCCACCCCUCCUCCCUCCAUGUGAUGAAAGAAUCUCCACAGAUCAAAGGCAUUCACACAUUCAUUAGAAACAGUGACACAGCCAGAGAUGAGUUUAUAUUCUACUCUAAGCGCUUAAUGAGACUGCUGUUUGAAUAUGCCAUGAACCUGCUACCUCAUAAGAAAGUAACAAUUGACACAGUGCAAGGAAUUCCAUACAAAGGCUCAAGAUUAGACAUAAAGAAGAUAGUUGGUGUGUCUAUACUGCGUGCAGGUGAGACGAUGGAACAGGCCCUGUGUGAGGUCUACCAGAACAUUACCAUCGGCAAGAUCCUCAUACAGACAAACUUGGACACUGGUGAACCAGAGCUGCACUACCUCCGUCUACCUCGAGACAUCAAGGAAUCUCACGUGAUGUUGAUGGACGCAACUGUUGCCACGGGUGCGGCGGCCAUGAUGGCAAUACGUGUACUGCUGGACCACGACGUGCCAGAGGAGAACAUCAUACUUCUGUCUAUGCUCAUGGGAGACUCUGGUGUCCACUCUAUUGCUUAUGCAUUCCCGAAGGUGAAGCUGGUCACUACAGCUGUGGACAGUGAGGUCAAUGACAAGUUCCAUAUCAUGCCCGGAAUCGGUAACUUUGGUGAUCGCUACUUUGGCACCGACUUCUCAGCAGACAGAGUGGAGCCUCCACAAGCCUCCUGAUAGCGCUCGAAUCUCAUCAUUGCCACCGCUGCCAAUAAUGUGUCUCAACACGCUGCCUCAUUGCUGCUGUUGUAAACAACAAAACAUCAUUAUCAUAAAUUUGACAAUAUUCGUUGUGGUCAAUAUCUUUGCUGUUAUGCUCUUGCGAACAUCUAAUUGCUGUGUCCUGGAUUAUCUUGCCUGUAUCAUACAUGAAACAUACGGUCACACCCAGUGAGGGUUUUACUAGCAUGUUGAAUGUUGUAUUAUCCCACAAUUUGAGAGCUCAGCCAAAGGUGGAUGUAACUACAUACAGUAUAGGGCAAUAGUGAGUCUUCAACCCCGCCCAUCACGUUAUAUAAGAGCUGCUACAAAAGAAAAUAGAAGUUAUGUCCAUGUGGCGCUUCCAUAGAAGUUAUAUACCUGUUGCGCUGAGCCCACAAUUAUUGCUACUUUAUACAUCAAUUAGCAUUUCUUACAUACAUGUAAGUGAUCACAACAUAAGGGAUGUUUUAUCUGUACUUUGUUUAGUCAACCAGUAUUUACUUCCAUUACAUAAGGCUAGUAUAAUAAGUGCUGAUGUGUUUCAGUGUGAUAUCAAAGCUACAGGGUUCCUUUGAUAACAAAGGUUGUACAAUUGUUAUUUUGAGUUGCCAGCUGUCACAAUGGGUUUGGAAGAACAAUGAUAUGUACAUGUUUAUAAUUGAGAUAUUCAAGUGGGCAAUUAAUAUUUUCAACUGUUUUAUUUUUGCUAAAACAAUUGAAGUAGAAUCAUCAACAUCCUCAUUAUCACCCAUUGAUUGUCAAUUGUAUAUGUGCCAUUUGUAUUAUAAAACCAUUAUGUUUUUUUCUCACGCUGAUUUCUUAUUACUGCAGUUUCUCAUCAAGUUCAUAACUCUCAACAUGAGAUGAACAAGAUUAUAUUACAUUGCUGCUGUAUUGUUGUGUGGUACUGAUAUAUGAUCAUGGAUGAAUAUCAUGUUAUCACAACCAUUUGUAUUUUAGAAUUGUACUGUUUUACUUGUUAUAUAUAUUUUUAAUCACAGUAGUCAGACUAAUUUAUAUUAUAAGGGAGGCAACAUGCACAUGUUUGAUUUUUUCAAUUCGGUCUCUCCUAGGUCAUGGUAUUCAUGGUAUACGCUAAUUGUGGUGUGUCUAUGAUCAGUUUCAAAUUAUUGAUAAAACACUCGUUUAUUCUUGUCUAUUCUUCAGUUGUUAUCAAACUUGAUAUUUGAUAUUAAUCUCGUCACUGUGCAUCAAGUAUACGUUUAACAGUACAUAAUAAGUACUGCUGCUAAUUCAUACUGCAACAGUUAAACAGUAAAAUUUCAUGUGUCGCUUAAACCUUAAAACUGUCCAGAAAAUUAUUAGAUUUUUUUUUUUUACAUAAAUAGGGUGUAAACCUGACUAAGUUUGAGAUGAGAAGGACUAGUUUGCAUUGGCUUUUUUUGUAAACUUGUCCUCUAAAAAAGGUUAGCCUUUCUCAUAAACAUGCUUUAUACUCAUGAAAUAAAUGAAUGUUUAAUUAUAACUACUGGAUGGUAAAUACAUAACUGGUCAGGUUCACCUUAUUUUUUUGUAGUUAAAUUAACAUAACAGUGUUACAGAUAAAAACAAGUGAUAUUGACAAUAACUUUUAACAUAUUUGAGCACAAUUACGCAGUCUGUUUUAUUACCUCUCAUUGUUUUAAUUUUUCAUACAGAAGUUCACCAUACUCAUAAGCUAUAUACCAAAAUGUUUGGAAAAAAAUGUGUUCGCUCUUUUGCAUUUAAUUUUUCUUCCAGUAAAUAUUGCCUCUCUGUAAUGAAUGUGAUAUUCUACAUAUCAUGAUAUUUUUGUUGAAAUCUUUAUAUGCAUGUUUAUUUCAUGGAAUAUGUGGACCUCAUUGGUACAAGAAGGUACCGUGACAACGAUAAAUGUGGACCUCAUUGGUACUAGAUGGUACCGUGACAACGGUAAAUGUUGACCUUAUUUGUUACUAGAUGGUACCGUGACAACGGUAAAUGUGGACCUCAUUGGUACUAGUGGGAACCGUGACAACGGUAAAUGUUGACCUCAUUGGUACUAGUGGGUACAGUAACAAAGGUAAAUGUGGACCUCAUUGGUACUAGAUGGUACCGUGACAACGGUAAAUGUUGACCUCAUUGGUACUGUGACAACGGUAAAUGUUGACCUCAUUUGUUACUAGAUGGUACCGUGACAACGGUAAAUGUGGACCUCAUUGGUACUAGUGGGUACCGUGACAACGGUAAAUGUGGACCUCAUUGGUACUAGUGGGUACCGUGACAACGGUAAAUGUGGACCUCAUUGGUACUAGUGGGUACCGUGACAACGGUAAAUGUGGACCUCAUUGGUACUAGUGGGUACCGUGACAAAGGUAAAUGUUGACCUCAUUGGUACUAGUGGGUACCGUGACAAAGGUAAAUGUUGACCUCAUUGGUACUAGUGGGUACAGUAACAAAGGUAAAUAUGGACCUCAUUGGUUCUAGUGGGUACAGUAACAAAUGUAAAUGUUGACCUCAUUGGUACUAGUGGGUACAGUAACAAAGGUAAAUGUGGACCUCAUUGGUACUAGUGGGUACCGUGACAAAUGUAAAUGUUGACCUCAUUGGUACUAGUGGGUACAGUAACAAAGGUAAAUGUUGACCUCAUUGGUACUAGUGGGUACAGUAACAAAGGUAAAUGUUGACCUCAUUUGUUACUAGAUGGUACCGUGAUAAUGGUAAAUGUGGACCUCAUUGGUACUAGUGGGUACAGUAACAAAGGUAAAUGUUGACCUCAUUUGUUACUAGAUGGUACCGUGAUAACGGUAAAUGUGGACCUCGUUGGUACUAGUGGGUACCGUGACAGAGGUAAAUGAGGACCUCAUUGGUAUUUGUAGGUACUGUGACAGGUAAAUGUGGACCUAUUUGGUACUAGUAGGUGUUAUUAUGCUUUAGUGUUUAAACUUGAUGUAUUCAUAUGAAAGUUUUGGUAAGAGUUGGUCUACAAAGGCUUAUAUCCUCUGGUUAGAUGUGAUACGGUAUUUUGCCUCUCAUUCUAUUCUUUCUUUUCUCCAUUAAUAUGUAUGUUUUUGAAAUACUACGUUACUUUUUUCUAUAACAGGUUGUAUCAAGCUUUCACCAAGGUAAUUGAAUUAUUUCCAAAAGCCAUGAGUGUUCAUUAAACAUUUAAGCUAAAAUACCCUGUACAUAUUUUACCAUAAUAAGCCUUGACCUGUAUUUGCUUUGAUUUCAUUGUUUUACAUUCCUUUUAUUUAGUCUUUUGUUGCCUGUAUCUUAUUGUAGUUGAUGCAUUUUCAAAUAUUAUGGCUGGUUGCUCAUCUUUACCGGAAUUUAUAGGAAUCAAGUCAAGUCAAUAUUUGUUUGUCAGAUUCCAUAAACAUUUUAAACAUAAGCUAUGUAUAGCUUUUCACCAACAUAAUCAUUUAACAACAGGAUUUAUCUCAAAUAAAAUUGAAAAGGAAUACACCCAUUGUAAUUUACUGUUAGCUGUUGAAAUAUAAACAUAGUUUGAAUAAGAAACAGCUGAGUUACCGGCCAUAAGUGUUUUUAUACGGACUCAAUCCUAUGGUAUUAUGUAUAAGAAAGCAUUGGGAUACCAACUUGGUUGUAAACAGUGUUUCCGAUUGGACAUGAUAUAUUGUCUUGACAUUAGCCUCAUUAUACCGCAAAUAAUCUCUCUAUAUGUAAGCAUUUUCGGUAUUUUGAAGAUUUUACAUUAUGUAAUAUUAUUAUCAUGAAUGUUUGUGUGUUAGUCAGUAAAUUUAAAGCUUUUGCUUUGAAAUGUGGGUAUGGUGUAGCUGUUUUAGGUAUGCUUGUAGAUAUCGUUGAUUUGCAAAAAUAUAUGAUAUGCUCAAAUUUUGACUUUUACAGAAUUAUUUUCAUAAAAUAAACAUUACAUCAUGGGGCCAGUAUCACACGUAAUAUUUCUUGCCAAAAAUUCUCUUAUCAGAUUAGACAGCAAUAAUAACAAUCCAUUCAUGUGGCGGAAAAGUAUUUGAUAGCUGGUUAGGAGACUCAGUUUAUUGUGAAACUAGGCCCAGAUUUAUAUGUAUGUUCAUAUUUUGUAAACAAAUCAUGGUGCUUGUUGGUUUGUGUGACUGUGUUUAGCUCUUGGAUAUUAUAUAUGUCUAUAUAGACUUAGUAUGGUAUGUGUAUUGUACAUGUAUUUAUAGUUUUGCAUCUAUAUAUAAAAAAUAUGUUCUCUGAGGUCUUAUCUACUUUCCACUGAGUUUGUGCUCCCAAAUUAGAGCAGUAAUUGCACCAUGUGCUUUUGUGUGUGUUUAUUUGAACUAUCAGCCUUUAUUUAAAAAACAAACGUUUCUGACAUGGUCUAAUGUGGGACAUAACUAAGUGUGAUUGUUUUAAUUAUACAUGUGCUCUCAUGUAGUUAGGAAGCAUACUUUUUCAUAACAUAAUUUCACAAAAUGAAAUGAACUUCAUUUCUGUAAGUGAAUCUCUGUAUGGGUGGUAAAAUGUAAUGUGUCCUGAUGUUUCUUUAUCAUAUUAUACUUUAUGAAAACUUUAUCAAAGUUGCACAUUUAUGUCAUUUUUGAAAGGAAUCUCCUGAUUUUACAUUUAUUGCAUCAAACCCUGUAUGUUAACCCCCUCUAUGUACUGAUAACUCCUGUACAUUGCAUACAUGUACACUACAUACAUGUACACUGCAUACAUGUACUCUGCAUUCAAGUAUACUUCAUACAUGUACUCUGCAUUCAAGUAUUCUGCAUACAUGUACACUGCAUUCAAGUAUACUUCAUACAUGUACUCUGCAUUCAAGUAUACUUCAUACAUGUACACUGCAUUCAAGUAUACUUCAUACAUGUACACUGCAUUCAAGUAUUCUGCAUACAUGGACACUGCAUUCAAGUUUACUGCAUACAUGUACACUGUAUUCAAGUAUACUGCAUACAUGUACACUGCAUUCAAGUAUACUUCAUACAUGUACACUGCAUUCAAGUGUACUGCAUACAUGGACACUGCAUUCAAGUUUACUGCAUACAUGUACACUGCAUUCAAGUAUACUGCAUACAUGUACACUGCAUUCAAGUAUACUUCAUACAUGUACACUGCAUUCAAGUGUACUGCAUACAUGGACACUGCAUUCAAGUUUACUGCAUACAUGUACACUGCAUUCAAGUAUACUGCAUACAUGUACACUGCAUUCAAGUAUACUUCAUACAUGUACACUGCAUUCAAGUGUACUGCAUACAUGGACACUGCAUUCAAGUAUACUGCAUACAUGUACACUGCAUUCAAGUAUACUGCAUACAUGUACACUGCAUUCAAGUAUACUGCAUACAUGUACACUGCAUUCAAGUAUACUUCAUACAUGUACACUGCAUUCAAGUAUACUGCAUACAUGGACACUGCAUUCAAGUAUACUUCAUACAUGUACUCUGCAUUCAAGUGUACUGCAUACAUGGACACUGCAUUCAAGUAUACUUCAUACAUGUACACUGCAUACAUGUACACUGCAUACAUGUACACUGCAUUCAAGUAUACUUCAUACAUGUACACUGCAUACAUGUACACUGCAUUCAAGUAUACUUCAUACAUGUACACUGCAUACAUGUACACUGCAUACAUGUACACUGCAUACAUGCAUACAUGUACACUGCAUACAUGUACACUGCACACAUGAACACUACAUACAUGUACACUGCAUACAUUUACACUGCAUACAUGAACACUACAUACAUGUAUACUGUAUACAUGUACACUGCACACAUGAACACUGCACACAUGCACACUUCACACAUGUACACUACAUACAUUUACACAGCAUACAUGUACACUUCACACAUGUACACUGCAUAUAUGUAUACUGCAUACAUGUACACUGCAUUCAAGUAUACUGCAUACAUGUACACUGCAUACAAAACACUUCAUACAAGCAUAUUUAUCAGUCUAUGUUAAAUUAUUAUGUUUAAUUUGGUUUUAAUAACAAAUAUGUUCUGUUUUUACACGGGAAAUACUGGACACGUCAGCAUAUUUUUUUCCUUCCUAGUCAAAAUUGCCUUGACCUAUAGUAAUGUUUUUCUAUCAUAACUAACCUGACCACAUUUCAUAACAAGUAUGAUAUUGAUACAUGCUGGUUUCUUAUGGAAUCAAUUAGAUUAUGGGUAAUAAUAUUUUAUAAUUAAAAAUAAGGUCUUUCAAUAUACAUGUGUUGAAUUUUAUGUUCAGGGUCAUUUUCUCCAUAUUCCAUAAAAAAAUACUUGUAUUUUUUUCAAAAAAAGCUAUUAUAUUACUAUGUAUAUUAAGCCAGUUAUUUCUAAAAUAAUAUUCAGUUGAAGUUAGUCCUCUUCAAUAAAAUAUUAUGCUUUUGUGGGAUUCACUAAAGCAUUAUGGUAUAUGCUUUCAUUUUGCUUAUAGGUUGUUUAUAGAUGUAUGGGGUUUUUUUUGAAGAUGGUUAGGUAGGUUUACCUUUUUGGAAAAGAUAACGUUAUCCUCAACCAAUUUUUCAUAAAAUCAGGUAAAAUUUAGAGCAACUUACCACUUCUUAGAUUCAUAAUGUUCAGUUUUUGCAACUUUGGAAGAAUAAAUAAUCAUGUGCAAUAGUUGUUAAUCUUCAAACUGCAUAAGGAAUUCUAAACAAACACCGUAUAGAAGGCGUAUGCACUGUUUUAUAUUUGAUGUUUAUAUUACAGGGAAUAAUGUACAGAACCUUGAGGAUAUUAAACGCUGUAAGAGAA